UCCCCGGGGCAUCGCUCCCCUAGGGGGGACCCCCCUGCGCCCAUCGGACCCCGGGGGUGCGCUCUCCCCGCGGGGGUGCCCUCCCGGGCAGCAUUUGGCGUCCCCAUCGCGCUCCGCCCGGCGUCCGUCGCCGCCGCCCGCCGCCUCUUGCCCUCUUCAACACCGGGGGCGCGCGGUUCCGCCGCGACGACGACGACUACUACGAGGAGGAGUCCAGCGGCGACGAGGACGUCUUCUGCGACCGCCGCCGCUGCCGCCGCGUGCGCGACUUCUCCGGCCCCUAGUUCUUCUCCGCAGGUACGCGCCGCGCCGCCCGUGAAGGUGUGGGCGGACCAGGACGGCCUGGUGAUCGCGGGGGAGGACACCGGCGACGACGACGAGGAGGGCCCGGCGCGGUACGGCGGCUGCAUCGCGCUGUCCUGGGACGCGUUCAAGAUGGACCAGAUCAAGGCGGAGAUGAAGGACGGGGUGCUCAAGGUCAACCUGCCCAAGAUCAAGGUUGAGGACCGCAAGGACGUGUUCCAGGUCAAGGUCGAGUAGGGGAGGGCGAUGGAAUCCGAUCGGACGAUCGGUCCAGGUCUCGUAGUUCAGUUGUAGCAGUGCUCAAGAACCAGUAGUAGCCGUGUUCGCCUUUCAGUUCGUCCUGUUUUGGUUCAUGAUGGUGAUGACGACGACUCCUGAUGAUCUUGCUAUGAACUUCUCAUGAGUAAUGGCGUAAUGACAUCUAAUCUGUAUUCAUGUGCUUGUGUUCUUGUGAAUCCUUGCAUUGCCCAUCGUUUGAGAAUGUCCUUGUGAAAUCUGAACUUGAUAUUGGUUCAGACAUGCA